CCCCCCUGUACUGUAAUAAUAUAUAAACCCCCAUGCCCCUCCUUUCCAAAACCCAGAAAAGCGGAAAACAAUUCCUGCAAUGGCAUCGUCUUUUGUUCUCAGAAGGGUCACCGUCCCAACCCUCCUCGCCAGGCUCGUCAACCCAAUCCGCUCUGCUUCCGUUGCUCCCUCUCUUUCUCGUUCCUUCAACACCAAUGCCCAGGUCUCCGGCUUCGACGAGGACGACCGGGCCGUUGAUGUCGACCGCCGCUCCGACCGCUCCGUCUCUUACGGCCGUGGCCCCGGCUUCUUCUCUGAUGUGUUGGACCCAUUCUCUCCAACAAGGAGCUUGAGCCAAGUUCUGAACCUAAUGGAGCAGUUGAUGGAGAACCCAUUUGUGGCAGCGUCACAAGGCUUGGGAGCCGGGCCGAGGCGAGGCUUUGACGUGAAGGAGGACGACAACGCUCUGUACAUUCGAAUGGACAUGCCCGGGGUGGGGAAAGAAAACGUGAAGGUGUCGGUGGAGCAGAACACUCUGAUUAUUAAAGGUGAGGCGGAGAAGGAAUCGGAGGAGGGUGAGGAAAGCGGGAGAAGAUACUCUAGCAGGCUCGAUUUGCCUCCGAGCCUGUACAAGCUCGACUCCGUGAGGGCGGAGAUGAAGAAUGGGGUUCUGAAGGUGUUGGUGCCAAAAGUGAAGGAGGAGGAGAGGAAGAAUGUGCUGCAAGUGAAGGUUGACUGAAAAAUGGGAGAAUGUUGGACUCUGUUUUUGCUCUGUUUUGUGUGCAGGCUUAGGGUGCGUACGUCUUUUGUCUGUUUUUUUUUUUGGUUGGUAAAAUUUCAGUUUGGUGAAUAAAUAGGAGUGUUGUGAAGUUUCGAAA